CACUUUCAGAAAUAAAAGCUUCCUUCAUAUUCUCCCACACAUGGUAUCCUACUCAAUGUCUAGCUGGCUAGGCUAAGUUUCAGUACCAGAAGAAUAGAGGAGGGAAGCCCCUCCCUCAUGGUACCUUAUUCUGUGUGAUGAUUGUGAAGUACUGCACUUACAUCCACUUUCACUACAUUCAACAUGUCUUGGCCAAUCUCUUGCCUCCUUAUACUUUUCCACCUAAGUACUAUUGUCUCAUCCAGCUUACACGUGAACCAUUCUUCACCCCUCCAUUCUGAUAUUUUUUUGACAUGCUACAUAACCUGAAAGUAACCAAAACAAACCUAUUUGCCAAUGCUUUGAGUGGGUCUCAUGUACUUCGUCUUACGAAUAGUUAGCACAAAGAACAAAGCAAUUGCAAAUCAGUAUAUAACGCUGGUAACGUACGAUGAUAGCAUUAAAGAAAAUCAGAAAAAUAAUGCUGAGAUCAAGAAGUCAGGCUGAUGAGAAAAACUACUUCCAGUCUUUCUGUUGGCAUUUUUCCAAAGCUGUACCUUAUUCACUUUUCUUCCUCUAUGUUAUUUAAUAUUGUGUGGCUCUGCGUUUGUGAAGAAAUGGACUGGGAUAAGUUUGACAUGAACCCUAGAGUGAUUGCAGCUAUUAAAAAAGCAAAUAUAACAUCAAUUAAAGACAUUUUCCAUCUUUCGGGAUCAGAUCUGCAAAGGUUAACAAAGCUAUCCAGGACAGAUAUACAGUAUCUACUAAGAACAAUUUCUAGUGCUUUGAGAAAAAACUCUGUUCUUACAGCCCUCCAGCUGUUUCAAAACAAAGCGCACCACACUUCCCAAGGCCAAAAGCUGAGUCUGGGCUGCCCAGUUCUAGAUGGCUUGCUCCGAGGUGGGAUUCCCCUUCUGGGAAUUACUGAAAUUGCUGGUGAAAGCUCCGCUGGAAAGACCCAGAUUGGUUUGCAGCUGUGCCUUUCUGUGCAGUAUCCAUACAAAUAUGGUGGACUAGAAUCUGGUGCAGUUUACAUUUGCACAGAAGAUGUUUUCCCUAAUAAACGCCUGCAGCAAUUGAUUGAGCAGCUGCCCAAACUGAGGAGUGAUGUUCCAUCUGAGGUGAUGCAAAAGAUAAAAUUUGGAAAUGGAAUAUUUGUUGAACAUGCAGCAGACUUGGACACUUUCCAUGAGUGUAUUACUAAGAGACUUAGCUUACUGCUCUCAAGAGGUAUGGUGCGGCUAGUUGUCAUUGACUCCAUUGCUGCCUUAUUCAGAUGUGAAUUCAGUGCUAUGGAUUCUCUCCUAAAAGCCAAAUAUUUAAAGAGAUUUGGGGCAAAACUUCACAGAUUAAGCUGCAGGUUCCAGACUCCCAUAAUAUGCAUUAAUCAGGUAACUGAUGCAGUGGAUGAGAGGGAAGAUGCUGUUUGGAAUACUCAAAGCUGCCCAGCCAGGACUGUUAUUCCAGCACUUGGAAUAACUUGGUCUAAUCAGUUGUUGAUGAGAUUGAUGGUGUGUCGCACUGUACACCAAGCACAGACUGCUAGAGAGACAUCAUAUAGUAGAAGUGAGCUGCGAAUGUUAAGAAUUAUUUUUGCUCCUCAUUUGCCUCAGCAUUUUUGUUACUAUAUUGUAAAUUUGGAAGGUGUGAAAGGAAUAAGGAAAAUCAGCCAUGAUUAUGAAGAAAUGUAAAACAGUAUUUCUUGCUGCUUUUCUGUAUAGAGUGGAGCUAUCGCAUUAAAAAUCCUCAAUCUA